AUGAGUAUUUUCGAGGUGCAAUCCGGAGGUUUGGAAAAUGUUGGGUCCGGACUGCAAGAUCUCUAUAACACUGAAAGGGAUAUAAGGACUGCGUUACUAGGGCAGGACGCUGAUAUGUUGUAUGAGUAUUUCCAAAUUCAACAACAAAAGAACUCAGGGUUUAUGUUUACAAUGGAGAAAGACGAUGAAAUGAGGUUCACUCAUUGUUUUUGGGCGGAUGCCACGGCUAGGAAGUCAUACCAAUAUUUUGGAGACAUUGUGGUUUUUGAUACAACGUACAACACAAACCGAUACCGUAUGAUCUUUGCACCUGUACUAGGGGUUAAUCACCACAAGCAGACUACGCUAUUUGGGUGUGGGCUUUUAAGUGACGAAUCGAGUGAAUCUUUUGAGUGGCUAUUUAAAGAAUGGUUGAAAGCAAUGCCAGGAGGCCCAUCCAAAAUGAUCAUAACUGAUCAGGAUCCGGCGAUGACAAAGGCAUUUGCUAAUAGCCCUGAAGAGUUUGAGGCUAAAUGGGCAGAUGUCGUACAGAAAGCCAACCUAUUCUCCAAUGAAUGGUUGAAAGCCAUGUACAAAAUCCGUGAGAGAUGGAUUCCGGCAUACAUGAAACACAUGUUUUCCGCCCACAUGACUAGUAGUCAAAGGGCUGAGAUUUCUCAUUCUUUCUUCAAGAAGUAUGUUUCGUUAAAUAAUUCAUUGUACGACUUUGUCACGCGGUUUGCUAGGGGGCUUUCUCACAUACGACAUAAUGAAUAUGAUUUGGAUCAUAAAGAUCUCAAUGAGAAGCCAUAA